AUGCAACAUAUUCUCAAAAAGACUCAAGACAAUAUUUCUAGUUUCAUCAUUGAUAUGGACAAUCUGAAUUGGUUUCGUUCUCAAGUCGCUAACAGCAACCUUACUCGUGAAUGCCAAGAUGAAACGUGCGAUUCGAUUAAACGCUUUACCUCAUCACAGCCUUACGAAUUUCUAGUAACCCUUAAACGCCAAGCAACUGGAUUUGGCUUUACUAUUGUUGGCGGUGCUGAGGAGGGGACUCAAGUGAGCAAAUUUUCUUCUUAA